AUGGAUGAGAAUCAAAAACUAAAGGGUCGAAAACAACAAGAUGGUCUGAGUCCCUUGAGAAAAUUUAAACGAAGGGAACGAGGCGAAUGGAACAUUCUGCACGGAAGCAUUAGGAUGAACUCGGUGUCUCUGGACGAAUUUGAUAGAUGGCAUCGUCCGGAAGCCUCGACUUCGACUUCAGCGGUGCAAGUGGCAGUAAUGGCUGCGGACCAAUCACAGCCAGCAGACGUCUUUGUGGGAUUGCAAUCUGUUCAAGAGGAUGUGACAAGGAGGGAGUGUACCGUGUGCCGAGAGAGCGAUUUGGAUGUGGCAUUUGGCUCUAGCCCUCCAACCGACAGAUGCCUGCAUCAGCCAGAAGUCUGUAUGGACUGUCUCUCACAGACACUCAGGACAGCCAUCAUGGGCGAGGGAAAUGUCAAGACUCUGAGAUGCCCGAGCGCGGAAUGUAAGGAGCUCUUGGAGUACGAUGAGGUUUACCGUUGGGCGGAUCUGGCUACCCUUGAACGAUACGAGGAGCUACUCACUCAGGCCAUGCUACGAGAAGAGGCGGGGUAUGUGACUUGCAUCGAUCCAGCCUGUGGCGCGAGUCAAGUCCACGGAGGAGAGAACAUCUUCCCUAUCGUGACCUGCUGGAAAUGUGGAAAGCGCUCAUGCUGGAAACAUCGCGUUCCAUGGGAAGACCACGAAGGAUUCAACUGCCGGGAGUGGGACACCAAAGACGAGCGCCGAGCUCAAGCAGAAGAACUCUCCCGCGAAUGGGUCCAGGAACAAACAAAGCGAUGCCCCGCACCUGGGUGCAAUCGCCCUAUUAAAAAGGAGGAAGGUUGCGACCAUAUGACCUGCCGUCGUCCUGGUGGAUGUGGCUUCGAGUUUUGCUGGGUUUGCCUUGCUCCGUAUGAGCCGAUUAGGGAGUUUGGUUGCGAAAAGCACGAGCCGUUUUGUCGAUACUAUACGGGUGCUCCCCCGGCAAUCAUUGGUACCACUCGCGCUCGUCCUCGAUGGCAAUUUUGGAGGAGAGACUAUGGUGCAUAG